UGCCAUGUCUGCACCCAGGAUCUGAACUGGAGAAACCCUGGGCUGCCCAAGUGGAGUGCACAAACUUAACCACUCAGCCACGGGGCCAGCCCCUAAUCCUUACUCUUAAUACACCAUUUAUAUGUUUACUGAAAUUCUAUCAUACUAUUCAUCAUUCAUGGCAGUGGGUCUUAAACUCUUUUGGUAUAUUGACAAAUCUCAUGAAAGCCUAUGCCCUUUCUCCCUGAAAUACAUGUGUAUCCUCCAUUUCUAUAUAAUUCUAAGUAGUUUAUUGACCUUAUGGUAAGUAUGAAGAUCAUUGAUGCAAUUUUAUUGGCAAUAAUUUCAUUGGAAAUUCUAUUGGUAGUAAAUUUUAUUUCAAAUUCCUAAUAGUUAUGACAAUCUUUUUUUCAUCUGAACGCCUUUCAGUCUUGUUCUGAGAGUAAGUAAGGAGCAAGAAAUAAAUGGCCAGGAUGUUUCUUUAAAAGACACAUUUACACAUACUUGAAACAAAAGCAAAACAUCUUAUGUAGGAAAAUGUAGAUUUAGUGAGAAAUAUAUUUCUAGAGUUUGUAGAUUAAGAUUCCUAGUUUUCUUAUGGUGUUAUAAUAGUUUUAGUGAAGUUAAAGUCCUCUUUGAUAUUUUUACAUGGAUGGCAGAAAUUUUGCAUGAUAAAUGAUUUUUGAAUGUCCUAAGAUAUAUGUGAUAUAGUAUGUUAUGUUUUGAUUUGUACUUAUUUUACCACAUAUUAAUUUAUUCACAUAGCAUUUAAAAAGACUAUAUUUCACUUUUUUCCUUAUCAAACUAAUGUUUUAGUGAUUUUUUUUUCCUAAUUAAAUAAAACAAGUUGCCGAAAUCCAAUUUUAUGGUCAGAAACAUUUUAUGGUCCAAUAAUUCAAUCAAUCCUUAUGUCUUCUCUUCUGAGGUAUGAGUUAAUACAGAAAGGAAUAACUGAACUUAGAGAGGUUGGGAAUGUUCCAGAUGUCUACACCCAGAAUAUGCUUUUAGAAAAUGAGAACAAAAAUUUGAGGAAAGACUUGAAGCACUACAAACAGGCAGCUGACAAGGCUAGAGAAGAUCUUCUUAAAACUCAGAAAGAACGUGAUUUUCAUCGAAUGCACCACAAGCGAGUAGUCCAGGAAAAAAACAAAUUAAUUAAUGACCUCAAAGGGUUGAAGUUACAUUAUGCGUCUUAUGAACCAACCAUAAGGGUGUUGCAUGAGAAGCACCACACUUUACUGAAGCAGAAAAUGCUGACCUCUUUGGAAAGAGACAGAGCAGUCAAGCAGAUUUCUGGACUUCAAGCAUCGUGGAGGCUUAUGGAUACAGGACAUGAUAUCUAUGUUCCUGAAAUUAGAGUUGUUCCUAGUUUUGAAAAGGAAAAUGCACCAGAAGGUCCUACUCAGAAAGGUCUUCGUGAAGCCAGGGAACAAAACAAAUGUAAAACAAAGAUGAAAGAUAAUACAAAGGACUCCGAAUUUCCCACAGAUAUGAUGCCAAAUCCAAACCUGUAUUUAUGUAAGGAAAAUAUUGGUCCAGCAAAAUUUGACUACAAGCUGAAUGACAUAUUUAGACUUCAUGAGCUUCCAGUGAGCUGCAUCAUUGUGCACCCCCGCAGAGACAUCUUAGUCUCCUGUGGGGAGGAUCGCCUCUGGAAGGUGGUGGGGCUCCCCAAAGGCAACGUGCUUCUCACAGGAUUUGGCCACACCGACUGGCUUUCCAACUGCUGCUUCCAUCCCAGCUCUGAAGGUCAGAAGUCAGAAGUCUCACUGGGCUUAACUGGAUUGUACAAUACUACAGCCACUUUGGAAAAUGGCAACAAGUUGGCUACUUCAAGUGGUGACACUACAGUUAAAUUAUGGGACCUCUCUAACGGCAACUGCAUUUUGACCUUGGAAGGACACAACCAUGCAGUGUGGUCCUGCACGUGGCACUCCUGUGGUGAUUUUGUGGCUUCUUCCUCACUGGAUACAACUAGUAAAAUCUGGGAUGUCAAUAGUGAAAGAUGCAGAUGCACGUUGUAUGGACACACAGAUUCCGUGAACAGCAUUGAAUUUUUUCCUUACUCGAACACUCUUCUCACGGGUUCUGCAGAUAAGACCUUGUCUGUAUGGGAUGCAAGAACGGGUAAAUGUGAGCAGUCUCUUUAUGGUCAUAUGCAUUCUAUCAAUGAUGCCACCUUCGCUCCUAGGGGUCACAUAAUAGCAUCCUGCGAUGCCUGCGGAGUUACAAAACUAUGGGACUUCCGGAAGCUCUUACCGAUUGUGUCCAUUGAUGUAGGUCCGAGUCCUGGCAAUGAGGUGAACUUUGAUCCAUCAGGUCGAGUUUUAGCUCAGGCGAGUGGCAAUGGAGUUAUCCACUUGCUGGAUCUUAAAUCAGGGCAGAUUCACAAAUUGAUGGGCCACGAGAGUGAGGCUCACACAGUCGUGUUUUCUCAGGAUGGAGAGAGUCUAUUUUCCGGAGGCUCCGAUGGCACUGUUCGAACGUGGUCUUGACGGUCAGCAUACCCACUGCAGACGGCAUUCCCUUUAAGGCUUGAAAUGCCUCGUAUAGUCCCAAACAAGUAAAUAUCUGGUUAAAUAUGCCAGAAGGUAACAUUUACAAUUUGCUUUAAAACAUGCGUUGGACAUAUAUUUUAGUGCUCGUACUGUUACCAAUAAAAAUAAUAACUUUUUGCUCA